CAGCAGCUGGAGUCAGAGGAUCCGCCAUUAGAGGAAAGUUAGUAAACGGUUGUUUUAUCGUGUUUCUGCUGGUAUUUCAGCAAACAUGUGUUCAGUUCAGCAUCUCAGAGAGUUUAUCAGAGAGAGACUAAUUGCUGCUGCGGAGGAAAUCUUCACUCAGGUUGAAAAAACCAUCAUUAGCUACGAGGAAGAGCUCGAUGCUCAGCGCAGGAUGAUGGGGAUCAGCUGGAAACCAGACAUUAAGCUACACAGAGUCGGUUCGGAGCUGCAGAGACAAAGUUCUGACGUCCUACAGCAACAUGUCUGCAGGGAUGAGAAGGAUCCGAUGCAGAAGGUCCAAACCGGUUUUGAGGGAACCUCCAGUCUGGACCAGGAGGAACCAGAAGCUUCACAGAUUAAAAAUGAACCGGAGGCUGGAGAGCAGCCGGAGCCGGUUAGCCGUCUGGAGAAAUCCGGUCGUCAGGAUCUCCAGGAAGCAAAACGAAACACUAAAGAACUGUGUCAGAACUACUCAUCCUUAACAUGUGAUGUUUGUGGAAAAACCUUUAAAUCAAAGUAUAAUUCUCAGGUGCAUCACAGAAUGCAUUUAGGCUUAAAGCCAUUUGUUUGUACAAUAUGUGGGAAAAGUUUCUCUCAAAAAACUCAUUUAAAGGGCCACAUCAGCGUCCACACAGGUCAGUGGCCUUUUUAUUGCACAAUAUGUGGCAGAGGUUGUGUUGACCUUCGGCGUCUGAAUAAUCACAUGAGCACCCACUCAAGAGAGAAAUCAUUUACUUGUGAAAUAUGUGGGAUAGGUUUCACCCUGCUGAGCUCAUUGAACUCCCACCUGAGGAAACACAACAGAGAGAAACUCUUCUCCUGUCCAACAUGUGGUAAAAUAUUCGCCCGCAAAAUUUCCCUCAAAGCUCACAUGUGGGUUCACACAGGUGAGAAACCUUUCUCCUGUACAGUAUGUGGAAUUAAAUUCAGCACAGCCAAUGGAAUGUACAGCCAUAAAAAGUCACAUAAAGACCAGGAGACUGAAGACGACUGAUUGUU